GUGGCAUGGUGAAUCCUACAGAAAGGGAAAAAUACUUGCCCCUUUCGUCCUUUCCCAUCGAUUCAGGACACAUUUUCAUGCAUAUCUGAGCCUGUCAGCUCCGGCCUCACACCUUGGAUCCAGCAGCGCAGCGUCGCGGUUCCUCCGCCCGGCCAUGGCGGCUCACAAACCAGUGGAGUGGGUUCAGGCCGUGAUUACUAGAUUUGAUGAGCAGCUUCCCAUUAAAGUCGGACACCAGAACACUCACACCAAAGUCAGCACAGAGCACAACAAAGAAUGUCUGAUCAACAUCUCCAAGUACAAGUUCUCCCUGGUCAUCAGCGGCCUCACCACCAUCCUCAAAAAUGUCAACAAUAUGCGAAUAUUUGGAGACGCGUCUGAGAAGAACCUCUACCUCUCCCAGCUCAUCAUCCUGGACACACUGGAGAAGUGCCUGGCUGGGCAAUCCAAGGACUGCUUGCGUCUGGAUGAGACCAUGCUGGUCAAACAGCUUCUGCCAGAGAUUUGCCAUUUCAUCCACACAUACCGCGAGGGCCACCAGCACGCUGCUGAGCUCCGGGCCUCCGCCUCAGCCGUCCUCUUCUCUCUGAGCUGCAACAACUUCAACGCCGUCUUCAGUCGCAUCUCCACCAGGCUACAGGAGCUGACUGUGUGCUCGGAGGACAAUGUGGACGUUCAUGACAUAGAGCUGAUGCAGUACAUCAAUGUGGACUGCUCCAAGCUGAAGAGGCUGCUGCAAGAAACGGUUCUGAAGUUUAGAGCCCUGAAGAAGCCUGCUCAGCUAGCAGUCAUCAACAGUUUAGAGAAGGCUUUUUGGAACUGGGUGGAGAAUUACCCAGAUGAAUUCACCAUGCUUUACCAGCGACCACAACAAGAUAUGGCAGAAGCUGCAGAGAAGUUGUUUGACCUGGUGGACAGCUUUGCAGAGAGUGCGAAGAGGAAGGCAGCAGUGUGGCCUCUACAGAUCAUCCUCCUCAUCCUCUGUCCAGAAAUCACACACACCAUCUCCAAAGACACUGUGGAAGAAAGCAAGGCCAACAAGAAACUGUUCAUGGACAGUUUGAGGAAAGCUUUAGCAGGUCAGGGUGGCAGCAAGCAGCUGAUGGAGAGUGCUGCUAUAGCCUGUGUCAAACUGUGUAAAGCCUCCACCUACAUCAACUGGGAGGAUCACUCCACCAUCUUCCUCCUUGUUCAGUCCAUCGUCAUGGAUCUCAAGGCUUUGCUGUUCAACCCAGCCAAACCCUUCUGGAGGGGGACGGGCAGCCAGAACGCUGACGUGGAGCUCAUGAUGGACUGCUUCGUCUCCUGUUUCCGCAUCAAUCCUCACAACAACCAGCACUUUAAGGUCUGUUUGGCCGCCUCCUCCCCCUCCACCUUUCACUUUGUCCUGGUCAACUCGUUGCACAGAAUAAUCACCAAUUCUCAUUUGGACUGGUGGCCUAAGAUCGAUGCAGUGUACUGCUACUCCGGUGAGCUUCGCUUCAUGUUCUCAGACACCCUUAACCGGGUGCUGCAAGGCAUCGGCACUCACCCUCCACUACGUAUGACACCGAGUCUGACAUUCAAAGGGAAGAUGACCACCAGCCUUAAGUUCAAAGAAAAAGCCACAGAACUGGACACUCGAAGUUACAAGUGCCUCCUCCUCGCUCUGGUCAAACUAAUCCACGGUGACCCCAAACUCAUGUUGCAUAACCCAGUGAAACAAGCUCCAGAGAUCCAGAGCAGCACAGCAGAGCUCAUCACCGGCCUGGUGCAGCUAGUGCCUCUAACCAACACCACCCAGCUCUCACAAGAAGCCAUGGAGGCUCUGUUAGUUCUGCACCAGCCAGAGACCAUCGAGCUGUGGAAUCCUGAUGCCCCUAUAGAAACCUUCUGGGACAUCAGUUCACAGGUGCUCUUCCUCAUCUGCCGCAAACUGAUUGGCCAGCAGUUGGUCAAUGGGACAGAAGUUCUCAAAUGGCUGAGGGAGAUCCUCAUCUGCAGGAACAAGUUUCUGCUCAAGAACAAGGAGUGUGCCACGAUGGGCGGCAGCAUCCCUGUGUGCCGGCAGGCGCAGACCAAGCUGGAGGUUUGUCUCUACAUGUUCCUGUGGAGUCCAGACACUGAGGCGGUGCUCGUGGCCAUGUCGUGUUUCCGCCACCUCUGUGAGGAGGCUGACAUCCGCAGCGCUGCCGAUGAGCUGCCCGUCCAGACCAUCCUGCCCAACUAUGCCACCUUCAGUGAGCUGGCCUCCGUCAGCAACAUGAUGGGGACAGGCCGCUCCACACUACAGAAGAGAGUGAUGGCCUUACUGAGGAGGAUAGAGCAUCCUACACAAGGAAACAUUGGGGCUUGGGAGGACACAUAUGGUAAAUGGGACCAGGCCACCAAACAGAUCCUCAACUUCCCCAAAAACAAGGCAGAUGAUGGGCAGCAGGAGUGGAUCAACAUGACUGGCUUCCUGUGUGCUCUGGGAGGUGUGUGCUUGCAGCAGCGCAGCACCCCCGGCCCAGCCACCUACAGCCCCCCUAUGGGGCCCAUAAGUGAACGCAAACACUCCAUGAUCUCCAUGGGCCCCUGCGAGGUGUCCAACCCCGUGGGAGCCGCCACCUCCUGCUCCUCGUCAGCCUCCAGCGAGACACCGGUCAGCCGCUUCCUGGACCGGCUGCUGUCUCUGCUGGUGUGCGGUCACGAUCGGGUCGGCCUCCACGUCCGCACCAACGUUAAAGACCUGCUGGGUCUGGAGCUCAGCCCGGCCCUCUACCCCAUGCUCUUCAACAAGCUGAGGAACAGCAUCGGAAAGUUCUUUGACACACAGGGGCCGGUUCCUAUCAAUGACACUAACACCCAGUUUGUGGAGCAGACCAUAGCCAUCAUGAAGAACCUGCUGGAUAAUCACACAGAGGGCAGUUCUGAACAUCUGGGACAGGCCAGCAUUGAGACCAUGAUGCUCAACCUGGUCCGGUAUGUACGCAUUCUGGGUAACGUGGUCCAUGCUAUCCAGAUCAAAACCAAGCUGUGCCAGCUGGUGGAAGUGAUGAUGGAGAGACGAGAUGACCUGUCCUUCUGCCAGGAGAUGAAGUUCAGGAAUAAGAUGGUGGAGUACCUGACUGACUGGGUGAUGGGAACCUCCAACCAAGCUGCCGAUGAUGACAUCAAGUGCCUGACGAGGGACCUGGACCAGGCCAGUAUGGAGGCAGUGGUAUCUCUGCUCGCUGGUCUUCCUCUGCAGCCUGAAGAGGGAGAUGGAGUGGAACUGAUGGAGGCCAAGUCCCAGCUCUUCCUUAAGUACUUCACCCUGUUCAUGAACCUGCUGAAUGACUGCAGUGAGGUGGAGGAUGAGGGUCAGGCAGUGGGGGGACGCAAGAGAGGAAUGUCCCGCCGCCUGGCUUCACUUCGUCACUGCACCGUUCUGGCCAUGUCCAACCUACUCAAUGCUAACGUAGACAGCGGCCUCAUGCACUCCAUCGGUCUGGGCUACCACAAAGACCUGCAGACUCGAGCCACCUUCAUGGAGGUGCUGACCAAGAUCCUGCAGCAGGGGACAGAGUUCGACACGCUGGCUGAGACGGUGCUGGCAGACCGCUUUGAGAGGCUGGUGGAGCUGGUCACCAUGAUGGGAGACCAGGGAGAGCUGCCCAUCGCCAUGGCGCUGGCUAACGUUGUUCCUGGCUCUCAGUGGGACGAGCUGGCCCGAGUACUGGUGACACUGUUCGACUCGCGCCACCUCCUCUACCAGCUGCUGUGGAACAUGUUCUCCAAAGAGGUGGAGCUGGCCGACUCCAUGCAGACACUCUUCAGAGGAAACAGCCUGGCCAGCAAAAUAAUGACCUUCUGUUUCAAGGUGUAUGGAGCAGCAUACCUGCAGAAGCUACUGGAGCCUUUAUUAAGAGGAGUCAUCACCACACCUGAUCACAUCAGUUUUGAGGUGGAUCCCACCAGACUUGAACAAGGUGAGAACCUGGAGGAGAACCAGAGGAACCUGCUGCAGAUCACUGAGCGCUUCUUCCAGGCCAUCAUCGGCUCAUCCAGCGAGUUCCCCCCACAGCUCCGCAGCGUCUGCCACUGUCUCUACCAGGCUACUUGCCACUCUCUACUGAAUAAAGCAACAGUAAAAGAAAAAAAGGAAAACAAAAAAGCAGUGGUGAGUCAGCGGUUUCCACAGAACAGCAUCGGUGCAGUGGGCAGCGCCAUGUUUCUACGCUUUGUCAACCCGGCUAUUGUGUCCCCUUACGAGGCUGGUAUUUUGGAUAAGAAGCCCCUGCUCAGGAUAGAGAGAGGUCUCAAACUCAUGUCCAAGAUUCUGCAGAGCAUUGCCAACCACGUGUUGUUUACAAAAGAAGAGCACAUGAGGCCUUUUAAUGACUUUGUGAAGAGCAACUUUGAUUCAGCCAGGAGGUUUUUCUUGGACAUAGCGUCUGACUCUCCACCCAGUGACUCUGUCAACCACAGCCUGUCAUUCAUCAGUGACGGCAAUGUGCUGGCCCUCCACAGACUGCUGUGGAACAACCAGGAGAGGAUCGGCCAGUACCUGUCUAGUAACAGGGACCACAAGGCUGUAGGGAGGAGACCUUUUGACAAGAUGGCGACCCUGCUGGCCUAUCUGGGUCCUCCUGAACACAAACCUGUGGCUGACACACAUUGGUCCAGUCUCAACCUGACCAGCUCCAAGUUUGAGGAGUUCAUGACCAGGCACCAGGUCCAUGAGAAGGAGGAGUUCAAAGCCUUGAAGACCCUCAACAUCUUCUACCAGGCAGGAACCUCAAAGACCGGCAACCCAGUCUUCUACUACGUGGCCCGCAGAUUCAAAACAGGCCAGAUCAAUGGUGACCUGCUCAUCUACCACGUACUCCUCACCCUUAAACCUUACUACGCCAAGCCCUACGAGAUUGUGGUAGACUUAACGCAUGUGGGACCCAGCAAUCGCUUCAAGACAGACUUCCUAUCCAAAUGGUUUGUGGUCUUUCCUGGCUUUGCCUAUGAGAAUGUAGCUGCUGUCUACGUCUACAACUGCAACACCUGGGUGAGGGAGUACACCAAGUACCAUGAGCGGCUGCUGACUGGCUUAAAAGGCAGCAAGAGGCUCCAGUUCAUUGACUCUCCAGCUAGGCUAGCUGAACACAUCGAGCCUGAUCAACAGAAGCUGCCUGCAGCCACACUGACCCUGGAGGAAGAUCUCAAAGUGUUCCAUAAUGCCCUCAAGCUGGCCCACAAAGACACCAAAGUCUCAAUAAAGGUCGGCUCAACAGCAGUGCAGGUGACCUCAGCCGAGCGGACUCGUGUCCUCGGCCAGCCCGUCUUCCUAAACGAUGUCUACUAUGCCUCAGAGAUCGAAGAGAUUUGCCUGGUUGAUGAAAGUCAGUUCACUCUCACUAUGGCCAACCAGGGCACACCGCUCACAUUCAUGCACCAGGAGUGUGACGCCAUCGUCCAGUCCAUCAUCCAUAUCCGCACACGCUGGGAGCUAUCACAACCCGACUCAAUCCCCCAGCACACCAAAAUCCGGCCAAAAGACGUUCCUGGUACUCUCCUCAACAUCGCUCUACUCAACCUGGGCAGUUCCGACCCCAGCCUCAGGUCUGCAGCUUACAAUCUACUGUGUGCUUUGACCUGCACCUUCAACUUAAAGAUAGAAGGCCAGCUGCUGGAGACAUCGGGCCUCUGCAUCCCAGCCAACAACACCCUCUUCAUUGUGUCCAUCAGCAAAACUCUGGCUGCCAAUGAGCCCCAUCUCACACUAGAGUUUCUAGAAGAGUGCAUCUCUGGCUUCAGCAAGUCCAGUAUUGAGCUGAAGCAUCUCUGUCUGGAGUACAUGACACCCUGGCUGCAAAACCUGGUUCGCUUUUGUAAACACAACGACGAUGCCAAGCGCCAGCGUGUCACUGCUAUUUUGGACAAACUCAUCACCAUGACCAUCAAUGAAAAACAGAUGUAUCCCUCUAUUCAGGCCAAGAUCUGGGGCAGCUUGGGCCAGAUAACAGACCUGCUGGACGUAGUGUUGGACAGCUUUAUUAAGACCAGUGCUACAGGAGGCCUGGGCUCCAUCAAGGCGGAGGUCAUGGCUGAUACAGCAGUGGCUCUGGCUUCAGGGAAUGUCAAACUGGUCUCCAGCAAGGUGAUAGGUCGGAUGUGCAAGAUCAUAGACAAGACCUGCCUAUCGCCAACGCCCACACUGGAGCAGCAUCUCAUGUGGGAUGACAUCGCCAUCCUGGCUCGUUACAUGCUCAUGCUGUCCUUCAACAACUCGCUGGAUGUGGCGGCCCACCUGCCAUACUUGUUCCACGUGGUCACCCUGCUGGUAGCCACCGGGCCGCUGUCUCUCAGGGCCUCCACCCACGGUUUGGUCAUCAACAUCAUCCACUCCCUGUGCACCUGCUCACAGCUCAACUUCAGCGAGGAGACCAAGCAAGUCCUGCGGCUGAGCCUGACCGAGUUCUCCCUGCCAAAGUUCUACCUUCUGUUCGGCAUCAGCAAAGUCAAGUCAGCAGCUGUUAUCGCCUUCCGCUCCAGCUACCGGGACCGCUCCUUCUCCCCUGGGUCCUACGAGAGGGAGACCUUCGCCUUGUCCUCCCUGGAGACUGUUACUGAAGCCUUACUGGAGAUCAUGGAGGCGUGUAUGAGAGACAUCCCAGCCUGCAAGUGGUUAGACCAGUGGACAGAGCUCGCACAGAAAUUCGCAUUCCAGUACAACCCGUCCCUCCAGCCCAGAGCGCUGGUGGUGUUUGGCUGCAUCAGUAAGAGGGUGAGCCACGGUCAGAUCAAGCAGAUCAUCCGAAUCCUCAGCAAGGCCAGCCCUCUGCUCAGCAUAGACCGGGGUCUUGAGAGUUGUCUGAAGGGGCCGGACAAUUACAACAGCCAAGUAUUAAUCGAGGCCACUGUAAUCGCUCUGACAAAGCUGCAGCCUCUGCUCAGCAAGGAGUCUCCCAUGCACAAAGCUCUGUUCUGGGUGGCAGUAGCUGUGCUGCAGCUGGAUGAAGUCAACCUGUACUCUGCUGGGACCGCCCUGCUGGAGCAGAACCUCCACACUCUGGACACAAUGCGUGUCUUCAAUGAUAAGAGUCCAGAGGAGGUGUUCAUGGAGAUCAGACGUCCUUUAGAGUGGCACUGUAAGCAGAUGGAUCACUUUGUGGGACUCAACUUCAGCGCCAACUUCAACUUUGCGCUGGUGGGCCACCUACUCAAAGGCUACAGACACCCAUCAGCCACCACGGUAGCACGGACAGUGAGAAUUCUGCACACACUGCUGGCUCUCAUCAGCAAGCAUCUGAAAUGUGACAAGUUUGAGGUGAACACCCAGAGUGUGGCCUAUCUGGCUGCACUGCUGACUGUAUCUGAGGAGGUCCGUAGUCGUUGUAGCCUCAAACACAGGAAGUCGCUACUGAUUUCUGACCUCUCCAUGGACCCCGUUCCCAUGGAAACCUACUCCAGUCACAUCACUGAUCCCAGCUGCAGAACUCUGCGGGAGACUCAGCCGUGGACAUCACCUCAGGUUUCAGAACGAUACCUUUCAGCCCAUCACUACCCCACAGUGGGCCAGAUCAGCCCACGUACACGCAAGUCCAUGAGCCUGGACAUGGGUCAGCCCUCACAGGCCACCACCAAGAAGCUCCUGGGCACCAGGAAAAGCUUUGACCAUCUCAUAUCGGACUCCAAAGCACCAAAGAGACCAGAGAUGGAGUCGGGCAUGACCACCCCUCCCAAGAUGAGGCGUGUUGCAGAGAAUGACUAUGAGAUAGAGACGCAAAGAAUCGGAAACUCUCACCUUCGUAAAGUUUCUGUGUCAGAGUCCAAUGUUCUGCUGGAUGAGGAGGUUCUGACUGACCCAAAGAUCCAGGCUCUUCUGCUCACUGUGCUGGCCACCCAGGUUAAAUAUACCACUGAUGACUUUGACCAGCGGAUCCUGUACGAGUACUUGGCUGAAGCCAGUGUUGUCUUCCCAAAGGUUUUCCCUGUUGUCCACAACCUGUUAGACUCCAAGAUCAACACUGUGCUGUCCAUGUGCCAGGACACCAACCUCCUGAACCCAGUCCAUGGCAUCGUCCAGAGUGUGGUGUACCACGAGGAGUCGCCCCCACAGUACCAGCCCUCCUACUUACAAAGCUUUGGCUUUAAUGGACUCUGGAGGUUUGCCGGACCCUUCUCUAAGCAAACCCAGAUACCGGACUACGCCGAGCUGAUCGUCAAGUUCCUGGAAGCGUUGAUCGACAGCUACCUGCCAGCGGCCGACGAGGAGCGAGGGGAGGAGCAGCUGAGGACACCCACCUCCCCCUACCCCCCCACCAGCCAGAGCCAACUCAGCAUCACUGCCAACCUCAACCUGUCCAACUCCAUGACCUCACUGGCCACUUCACAGCACUCACCAGGUGUGGAUAAGGAGAACGUUCAGCUCUCCCCCAGCUCAGCUCUGUCCAGCGGUGGUCGGACUCGCCACGGUUCAGCCAGUCAGGUCCAGAAGCAGCGCAGCGCCGGCAGCUUCAAGAGACCCAGCAUCAAGAAGAUCGUCUGAUCAACCAGAGAACAGCCCCCCCAACCUCCCACUCUCCUCCUCUUCCUCCUCCUCUCCACCCUCCCUCCCCCAGCCUGCCAGCCAGCCAGGCCUCAUGCUGCACUCCACUUUUUACUCCA